ACAUUUCUGUAUGUAAUCGCGGAGCAGUAAGUUGUGAAGUAAAGGUUAAUUUUACUUUUUUAUAAUUAUAAUAUUUUUUACAAUUAUUUAUGUGUUGACGAUUCUCUAAAAGUGCUAUUGUGUAAAUGAUUCUGUUGACGGACUAAGGAGUCAUCUGCAAUCCUGACAAUGAUCUGGAAGCAUGCAGUUGUGUUGAGUACGAUAUUAGCAGUAUCAUCGUCUACUAUACUGCCAUUUCCACCUGGAUUCAAAUUCGGGGCAGCCACUGCAGCAUACCAAGUCGAAGGAGGUUGGAAUCUUGAUGGAAAGUCCGAAAACAUAUGGGACCGCUUCGUACAUGAACACCCAGAGAGGAUCGAUGAUAGAAGCACUGGAGAUGUUGCCUGCGACUCCUACCACAAUUGGAGGAGAGACCUCGAGAUGGCUGAGGAACUGCGUCUAGAUUUUUAUAGGUUCUCCUUAUCCUGGUCCCGCAUACUCCCGUCUGGUUUCCCCAACCACAUCAACGAGGCUGCCAUAGAGUACUACAACAACGUGAUCGACGGAAUCCUCGAGAAAGGGAUCGAACCACUCGUCACAAUACACCACUUUGAUCUGCCGCAAUCUCUCCAGGACCUUGGUGGCUGGGCAAAUCCGCUAAUAGUGGACUGGUUUGAAGACUAUGCGAAGGUGGUGUUCGCUCACUUCGGAGACCGCGUCAAGUUAUGGCUGACUAUUAAUGAACCAGUAAUUUUAUGUGAAGCUUUCUUUAAUGCUGAGGUGUUUCCACCUGCAUUUAUCAGCCCAGACCUUGGAGUCUACUUGUGCAGUAAACACGUAAUGCUUGCCCAUGCUAAGGCCUGGCGAGUUUACGACAAACUUCUGAAACCUAAAUAUCACGGAAGAGUCUCGUUAACCACCCACAUUACUUGGUUUGAACCUCUAGCUCCAGAGUAUGAAGAACUCGCGGAGUUAACCAUGCUCAACUUUGGUGGAAGAUACUCCCAUGCAAUUUACUCUAAAAUAGGGGGAUGGCCUCCCGCUUUAGAAAAGGCUUUGGCAGAAGUCAGCUUGAAAAGAGGAUACUCCAGGCCUCAGCUCCCACCAUUCACACAAGAAGAAAUUGAACUUGUGAGAGGAACCUACGACUUCUUUGCUUUGAACCACUACACAAGUCGUCUGAUGCGCACUGCUAAAGAAGGAGAAAAGUUCACGGAGUGGCCACUUGGUGAUGUUGAAGAUCUUAAUGGUAUCAUCGUGAGGAAAGCUGAUUGGGCACAAGCUGCCACCUCUUGGUUCUAUGUAAAUCCUGAGGGUAUUCGCAAGGGGCUCGUCUGGUUAAAGCAGCAGUAUGGCGACUUAGAAUUCAUGAUCACAGAGAACGGCCUAGCAACGAAAGCAGGACUGGACGAUCAGGAUAGAGUGCAAUAUUAUAGAGAUUAUUUAGAACAAGUUCUACUGGCAAUAAACGAGGACGAUGUGAAUGUGACAGCAUACACUGCCUGGACUCUCAUGGAUAACUACGAGUGGAACAAUGGAUACACGGUAAAGUUCGGUCUAUACGAAGUGAACUUCACAGAUCCGGGGCGCAAGCGCACGCCGCGUGCGUCUGCGCAUUACUACGCCAACAUUAUAAGGACACACUCUCUUGAAAUACCAACAACGAGUAUUCAACUGUAAUGUAUGAGGAAGGCGACAAAACAUGAUCAUUAUUUAAGGAAUAUUAAUUACAUAACAUCACGCCUUUUAUCCCCAAAGGGGUAGGCAGAGGUGCACAUUACGGCACUUAAUGCCA